AUGAGACGUGUUUGGACCGACGAAAUGAUCAGCGUUGCAAAGUCGGAUGUUCAGAUCUUGAGCAAAGCCCAGGCAGAAGAAGAUGGAGAUUACGUCGCAGAUUCUGUUAACAAGCACGUCGAGUUUUUGACGUGUCCAGAAGAGAGUGGCAUCGACAUCGUGGCUGCUGUUGUUGAUGACCUGCUACCACCGCUGCUGCUGCAUUAUCUGGCAGGGAUGUUUCUAACCCCAAUCUAUUAUUCAUUUUGGCCGACGGAAGAUCUCUGUCGCGAAUUAGUGGGUCACAUAUCUGACACGUUGAAAUUCGCCUUGCGUCCGAAACAAAGCCCGACGGACAUAAGGCUGGUAUUGAAAUUGAACAAGAACGAUCCUCCCGACUAUUAUGCCUAUCGUCCGAUCAAUGACCUGUAUGUAACGGACCAAGGGAAUUCUAAGUCACACCCACUGGUAUUGUGGGGGGAGAUCGAUUCACAUUGUUCGGGAUAUGACCACACCAAGGGUCUUUUUGCCGUUCACACUUACGCAAAAGUGUGGAUCACACAGAAACGCGCUAACUGCCCCACUCGUUUCCUUAACCUCUUCGUGUCGGACGACUCACAAUUCCGUUUUGUUACCAAAUUCACUAUCUUCAAGGUGGUGGAGAACCAAUCACAGCCGGGCAAAUUGGAGUUGAGACGUUACGCCCGCCUAAUGACGAGGACGGAGUUUGAAGGAGCAGUGGAGUUUGUGAAAGUGUGCGCAGGCCUCUUUAUGGGGAUGCGUACAAUGGUUACAAACAGCCGGGCUCAUAGUGAUCAUACAGUCCAAACGUGGAGUAUUCUGCACAACAUGCUGAGUGUUUUUCCAUCGAAAGCCCAGGGAGCAUCUAAACAUAAAAAUCAGGAUAAACAUGGUGGGGAAAUGGAAGUCUUCAAUGCGGCCAAAUUCUCCACUCCCCGACCCUUUUCAGAUUUUCAUCCCUGGGUGAAGAGGCGACAUUUAACAUCGGGUGGACAUUGGGAGAUUCCGAGGAAGCAACAUUCGGACAUUGAAUCUGAUAGGUCGCUUGGAAAAACUCGCGUUCUAUUGGUGAAAAGUUCCAUAUUGGAAUCGUUAUCGUUUUAG